GAUCAUGAAUAAACCACUAAUGAAAGAGAUGCACACCUUUGGGGAGCAGGAGACCUGUAACCAGUCGAGUCCCAGCAAGAAACCUACACCGCCAAAGCCUCAGAAUGCCAUCACCAUCGCCGUGUCCUCCCGUGCUCUCUUCAAUAUGGACCGGGAGCAGGACAUUUAUGAGCAGCAGGGAAUGGAAGAUUACCUGAAAUAUCAGAUCCAACAUGAGAUCGAGCCAUUCGCACCCGGACCUGCUUUCCCCUUCAUUAAGGCGGUGGAGGCAGUGAACACUCGACUCAGGGAGCUUUAUCCAGACAGCGAAGAGCUCUUUGAUGUGGUUCUGAUGACCAGCAAUCAUGCUCAUGUGGGACUUCGGCUCAUAAAUUCAAUUAACCAUUACCAGCUAUUUAUAGAGCGCUUUUGUAUGACUGGAGGCAACAGUCUUAUUGGGUAUCUGAAAGCCUACCAUGCCAACCUUUAUCUGUCAGCUGAUUCACUGAAAGUUAGAGAAGCCAUCGAAGAAGGAAUUGCAGCAGCAACAGUAUUCUCACCUGGAAAAAUCACAGAGGUGCCGGAGACUCAGCUGCGAGUGGCCUUCGAUGGAGAUGCCGUUCUCUUUUCAGAUGAGUCAGAGAGAAUCUACAAAGCCCACGGACUGGACAAGUUCUUUGAGCACGAGAAAGCCCAUGAAAAUAAACCUCUUGAUCAUGGACCACUUAAGGGGUUCUUGGAAGCUCUAGGGAAGCUGCAACAGAAAUUCUAUGCCAAAGGUCAGCGCCUGGACUGUCCCAUCCGCACCUAUUUGGUUACAGCUCGCAGUGCAGCCAGUUCAGGCACCCGGGCCCUCAAGACGUUACGUUCCUGGGGUCUAGAGACAGAUGAGGCCCUGUUCCUAGCAGGAGCCCCUAAAGGCCCCAUGCUGGAAAAGAUCAGACCUCACAUCUUCUUCGAUGAUCAAAUGUUCCACGUGGAGGGAGCAGCAGAACUUGGGACUGUGGCGGCUCAUGUUCCCUAUGGAAUUGCCCAGAAGGUUCAAUCAAAGACAGCGAGGGAUGUAAAAAAAGACAUGCCAGCCAAGCAGCUAGAGUGAAUACUGCUCUCUUCAUCCUGGGUGUGAGGAGUUCAAAUAAGGUUUUAAAGGGAUGUUUCACCCCAAAAUGAAAAAUCUCUCAUCAUUUACUCCUAGAUUUACACAUCUAGCCUGUG